AUGUCGAACCUUCAAGACUUGGAUCUCUACUUCGCGGAUGGAUACCAAAGUCUCAUGGUGGUGGCUGUUCAAUACGAGCUCCUCAAGCAACGCAUUACCGUCCCCAGCGUCACCAAGUUCGAUCACUUCGCAGAGAGCACGACGCAUUUCAUUCCUACUGUCUUUACUGGACUGAAUGCCCUCCACCUCACUGUGACGAUGGGCAAGUCUCCAAAGACGAUCCCUGGAUUGUCUACCAUUGCCUCCAAGCUCAACCUGCACACCCUUAGCCUCUGCAAGUUUGGUUGGCAAGCGAAAGACUUCGACGAGAUUUACGACCUCUUUCCAGGUGUUACCAAGCUGAUCACUGGGGGUCAGAUUCAGAAGUUCAAGUUCUCUACCGUAUUGCCGGUAUUCGAGCGAUUUAAGAAGCUUGAGAUUCUUGGGCUCACUGAUAUCUUCGACUUCACCAUUGAAGAUGUGAUGACGAACUUGCUCGACGAAGAGGGCGACUGCGUUUGCGACUGUUGUCUCGGUGACGACCCCUGUAACAUCGACACUAACUGUAGUUGUGACGAAUGCCACUACAAUGACGAGAACUACGAGAGAUCUCACGAGAUGGCUCAGCAUAAUCUCUUCAUGUCUAUGGAAGAGGACCAAGUGGAGAAUGCAACCAGUCUCUUCGUGGAGUGUCCUAGACUUGAGACGGUGUACUUCCAGCUCCGCAACGAUGACUACUCUACUUGCUACCGUCCUAUCAAAGAUGACAAGGUCAACGUUGACACUGUCACCAUCAACGAGUAUGAGGAUUGGCCUCAGAUCUUCACAGACUUCUACUAUUGA